CCUUCGUACCCAUUGUUAAAGACGGGUCUUUCUUUAUUACGGAACAGCUUAUAACACACCAUAUGGUGACGUCACUUUAAGUCACCGAAAAUUUCACACCGUCGUCAGCACAAAAGUUUGGUAAAAUGGAUUCUGAAUUCCGGAUCGAUGUCCCUUCCGUAGGAUUAUCAGAGGAAGAGGAAGAACAAGAAGACGACGACUUUUGUGAAUUGUCAGAUGGCUCGGAGGCAAUUUCUGAGAUGUAUAAUUCUGACGUACUACUGACUCAUAAUGAUCAGCAGCAAUCAGAAAAUGUAACGGAGAAGUGCAAUAAUCAGGUUGGAAUGUUGUCUAAAAGUAAUGUACGUUGGUUUUAUUCAAGUUCAAAACACGGAAAACUCAAACCAUUUAUUGGAAAUGAUUCUCUUCGUAUUGAAGAAGCUUGGCUUCAAAUACAAAACACGUCUAAUGUGGACGAGGAAGUUACAAAAUGUGUUUGUGUACGAGGGGGAAUGUUUGAGGUGGAUGUGGUAAAGAGGGAAUGCAUUCCAGUGUAUUGGUCAUCAAGUAGUGCAACUAAAAAGACUCAGGUCGUUCGUGGGACUUGGUUCUUUAAAGACCUUAACUGGACACCAAUAGAUGAAGACGUUGCAAGCCGUAUCGAAAAAGAACAUCUUGCUAGAUGGAUGGGACUUGACUUAAAUGAAGUUGAAGAUUCUUCUAAAAAACAUGUGAUGCACACAAUGCAAUUAGAUGGAUAUCAUGUAGAAUGGCAUGAAGUUUCUCAAGUUAUUUUGUAUAAAGAUGCCACAGCGAUAAGAGCGUACCGAAAUAUUGCUCAAAAGCUAGGUGUUCUUAAGGCUACAAGCAGUGGUUACCAACUGCAUCGUGGGUAUAAAAUACCUGCAGUUGUAGAAGAUAUUGCAUUACCAGUGACCAACCUUGUUUUUGUUAUACAUGGAAUUGGGGCCAAGUCUGACAGGCAAAAGAUUGUUCGUAACACGAGCGUAUUUCGUACAAUUAGUCGACAAUUAGAACUAAAACAUUUUACUGGAAGUCGAACUGAGUUUUUACCGAUUGAGUGGAGAUCUAAGUUGUUACUUGAUGAUGGUGCAGUAGAGUUAAUUACUCCUAAAAAGGGUCAAGGAAUGAGAAAGUUUUUGAACAACACUGCACUGGAUGUUAUGUAUUACACAAGUCCCUUGUUUCGAUCCGAAAUAGUCGCUGGUCUGCUUUCGGAACUCAACAGAGUGUAUUCGCUAUUUAUGGAGAAAAAUCCAGAUUUUUCAGGAAAGAUUUCUGUCUUUGCUCAUUCUUUGGGAACCGUAAUUUUCCAUGACAUCAUAACAAAUUGGUGUCCAAGAGACUCCACUUACCAUGAAAAGAACAGCAUGGAAUCUUUAAAUUUUUCUGUUGAUUCAUUAUUUUGUAUUGGUUCACCUCUGGCAAUGUUUCUUUGUCUUCGAGGUAAACUACCUCAGAAAAAUCUGUCAGAUGUCACUCAACUUAUACCAACAUCUCUAUGCAGAAGGUUUUACAAUAUUUUUCAUCCUGCUGACCCAGUUGCUUACAGAGUAGAACCACUUUUAUUCCACCAUUAUUCAAAUCUUGAUCCUGUACAGUUGUCAAGAUACAAUUUCAUAGUGAACAAUGCAAAAAUUAAAUCAACCAAAGAAGAAGUCUCAACACAGGUUUCCGAUAAUGCUGCCGAACCAAAUUAUGAUUCCAACACACAAACUACAAGCUCAAGUUCCCCACAAAAAAGCAACGAAAGCUCAUAUCGUUAUUUACGAUCUGUGUCUAACGUUGUUGCCGGUGGUGCUUCUCGUAUUGGCGGUUUAUGGAGUAGCGCUCGUGGGAAUUCUUCUAAUUCUUUAAAUAUUAAAACUCCUAAUCCUGUACAAGUUGAUGGGGAAGAAAACAAGGAAGAAAUAAGUUUAGACACAAGGCUGGAUUACGAGCUGCAAGAAGGUUUUACUGAAAGCAAACUUGGUUACGCGUCUUUUACAUCACAUACUUCAUAUUGGUCAAACCAAGACUUAAGCAUGUUCUUAUUAACUGAGCUCUACAAAGAAACGAGAGAACCAGUGUUUUCUAAGUUGUAAUUUUUUACAUUACAUGAAGGCUAUGGCAUUAGACAAAAGUUAGCCAGUAAUGCCUUAGGUGUUUUGACCUAUUUUUAUUAGGAAAUUAUUCUACUGCUUUUUUUGCUUAAGGACAUGCUUGUUAUUGUGAUAGUCAGUCAAAAUAACAACUACACUUGACAAAUCAAGUGUGUCAUACAUCCUAAUGCUGUUUACUGACAUUAGGAUUUAUAAAACGUUGAUAUUUUAUGCAAGAUUAGAUUGUUUUUGUGUCCUGGUGACAUUGCAUAAUAUUUGUUUUUUUUGCCGCAGUGUUUAAUUUUAUAAAAGAUUCUAGCCCUACGUACUUUUGUAUAUAGUACAUUCUCUAUGUUUCCAGCAUAUUGCUCUUUUCUUCUGCCUUGCAAUAUUUAAAUAUUUCUUUGUUCAUUUACCUCUGAUAUGUUUUUGUUUUAUCUGGUUUUCUUUUGGACUGCAAUAAAAAGGUACAGAAAGA